AUGAACACUCGACCUGUGAUUGACGAGUCUACUGGGCCGCUGUCCCUCUCCGCAUCAUUCAACAAUGACUGCAGCUGCUUCGCUGUUGGACUCGAGGAUGGUUUCUGUGUUUUCAACUCGGAUCCAUGCGAGAUCAAGCUGUCCAAAGACCUGAACGCAGGCAUCGGCAGCGCAGAAAUGCUAGGCCGAUAUAACUACCUGGCACUGGUGGGAGGCGGAAGAAAUCCAAAAUGGCCACAAACGAAAGUGAUCAUAUGGGAUGAUUCGAAGAACAAGAUCGCCAUAACGCUCGAGCUCAAGACGCCGGCACUGAGAGUGCGCCUCACCAAGUCGCAUAUCGUCGUUGCAUUGCACAAUAGCGUCCAUAUCUACCGCUUCGGCACGCAACCAGAAAAGAUAUCCUCGUUCGAGACAGCAGACAACCCGCUUGGCCUCAUCUGUCUCGGCAAGAAGACUGUCGCGUUCCCAGGUCGAUCGCCAGGCAAAUUGCAGCUCGUCGAGCUCGAGUCGGGAAACGUCUCCAUCAUACCCGCGCAUACUUCCGCUCUCCGUGCAAUAGACCUGUCGAGGGACGGGCAAUACCUGGCUACAGCAUCAGAGACUGGCACCCUGAUUCGUAUCUUCAGCACAGCGAAUUGCGCAAAGAUAUCGGAGCUUCGGCGAGGUGUCGACCCUGCCUUUAUCUUCAGCCUUGCAAUCUCCCCAAAUUCGACAAUGCUGGCCGUGACGUCCGACAAGUCUACAUUGCACGUAUUUGAUCUACCAGUUACCGUCGCCCCUGCGACUAGUGCAAGUCGCAUCGCCCGGCAGCGUUCACAGUCUCCACGGACUCCAACAGAACCAGAAGAAGCACAGAACCCUGCUCAGAAAUGGGGCUUUCUCAGCAAGAUCCCACUACUGCCACGCGUGUUCUCUGAUACAUACAGCUUCGCUAGUACGCAUUUCGAAAUGGGCGACGACAAUGUUGGACCGAACUCGCCGUCGUCUCUGUCAUAUCUGCCUGCUCUCGGAUCAUUACCGACUCGUACACAGAAGGGCAUUUUGGGCUGGCUCAACGAUGAGACGCUGCUUUGCAUUGGCACAGGGAGGGACGGUCGUUGGGAGCGCUUCAGGAUCGGCGAGCAAGCAGGAAAUGUGUCAGGCGUGGAGAAAGACGCAAGGAUAGGCACCGAAGCUGGCAUCGGAAUGGAGAGAAGAAGCGUCUGGCGUGAUGGCUGGAAACGAUAUCUGGCUAGCUAG